GGUGACACCAUCACACAGGCACCAUGUCCUACACCUGCCCUGACUGUGGGAAAGGUUUUAGAAGGAGACCAGCUUUUAUCCAGCAUCAACGGAUCCAUACGGGUGAGAAACCCUUUAAAUGUUCUGACUGUGGGAAGGGGUUUGCCCAUAGUUCCAAUUUAUCACGGCAUCGCCUCCUCCACACGGGAGAGAAACCCUAUAAGUGUCUGGAGUGUGGAAAGGAGUUUUCCCAGAGUUCAAAUUUAUCACAGCAUCGCCACAUCCACACGGGAGAGAAGCCCUAUAAGUGUCUGGAGUGUGGGAAGGAGUUUUCCCAGAGUUCCUAUUUAUCACAGCAUCAGGGCAUCCACACAGGAGAGAGACCCUAUAAGUGUCUGGAGUGUGGGAAGAAGUUUUCCCAGAGUUCUGCAUUAUCACAACAUCACCGCAUCCACACAGGAGAGAAACCCUAUAAGUGUCUGGAGUGUGGGAAGGAGUUUUCCCGGAGUUCCCAUUUAUCACGGCAUCACCGCAUCCACACGGGAGAGAGACCCUAUAAGUGUCUGGAGUGUGGGAAGGAGUUUACGCAGAGUUCUGCAUUAUCGCACCAUCACCUCAUCCACACAGGAGAGAAGUUGUAUCCCUGCACUCACUGCGGGAAAGCCUUCAACAACAGCACCUCUUGGAUUAAUCACCAACAUGUCCACACUGGGGAAAAACCCUACACAUGUCCCCAGUGUGGGAAGGGCUUCAGAUCCAACUCAAAUCUUACCCAACACCUACGGAUCCAUAGGGGUGAAUGUCCCUACUGAUGUGCUGAGUGUGGGAAGAGUUUCGGUUAACGCUCUGGUUUGAAGAAGCAUCAAAGCCUCCAUGCCAGUGAAAAACAUUAAAGUUUCAAUUUAUCAAAGCAUCGGUGCAUCCACAAAGGAGAGAAACUCUAGAAAUGUCUGGAAUGUGGGAAGGAGUUUUCCCGGAGUUCCUAUUUAUCACAACAUCGCCGCAUCCACACAGGAGAGAGACCCUAUA